CAGCCGGCGGCUGUGUGUCGGCCCUAGCCCGCUGGGCGGGACUAGCUGCUGCGGAGCUUUCCACCCGACUUAGCCCCUUAUGAGGGCGUGAAAGGUCGCAUUCCUACUCGUGGAGCAACACCGCAGACCACUCCGCCAGCGGCAGAGAGAGAGGCUUUCACCUGUUCUAAAGGAAGCGACUAUCAGAGGAAGAAGAUGUUAAAAAUUAUAAGAAACCAUCCCAGUAAUGGAUCUCUGUCAGAAAAGUGAGACCGAUUUAGAAAAUAAUGAAAAUAAUGAAAUUCAAAACCCAGAAGAAACUGAGCUAAGCUUUACUUGUGUGGAUGAAAGAAGUGAAAAGAAUCAUGUUUACUGCCUUCUCAAUAUCAGUGACCUUACACUGGCAGAGGAUACGAGAGCUGACGAGUUUGCGAUUGGCACCGGGUGGGAAGAAGCCGUCCACGGCUGGGGAAAGACUUCUCCCACUGCCUGCGUGUGGCCCAGGAAGAAGCUGAAACAAGUGAAGGGUGUCAACAGCACCAGCAGCAGCUGCUUGCUCUGUGCCAGCCUCUCUCUGGGCAGUGAGGCGGCCAGGCCCCCCAGCGAGCCCAGGAAGGCAGAGGCCCAGGCUGUGUCUGAGGUGAGCCUGAAGAAGAAUCAGAACACAAAGACUCAGGGGCCCUUCCGGGGUCGGGGCACGACCCCCAGGGAGGCCAGCAGAACCUGCUUUCCCUCCUAUGCCCCUGAAGGAAAAAAAAGCCUGCAAAUCAAGGAGUUCAUCUGGUGCACAGAGGACUGGGCCAUCCCGGGUGUGAGGGCCGCGGCGGCCGAGCGUGCGUCCACCGUCUCUGACUAUCUGACUUCCAAAGCUGUCCUGGUCCUGCCGCCUCUGACAACCUCAUCCCAGAACCGGCCCACGGGUCCGAGUAGCUGCAGCGAAAACUUUUUCUGGCAGUCAGAAGAGGAGGCGCAGAGCGUGAACAAGGAAGAGACGGAGGCCGGUGCCCAGGGAUUGAAAACAACAGACAGGAAAAGGGACCUGAGGCCCUCGGGAUUGGCUGGACACCGUCCACUCAGUGGAGCCUGGCGUAUCCCUAUCCCUCUCCCUGCCCCUGGCCCUGGCCCUGGUCCCGGCCCCGUGGCUCGGUCCCUGCUGACCGAUGCGGAGCAGUGCUGCCUGAGCUGGUCCCUGCUGCCCCAGAGGAGCUCCGAGUGCCCCCCAUACCCCAGCACCCUCCCCUAUCUGGCCACCUUGCAGCUCCUGCAGAAACGUGGCCUGCAAAACUACAGAGACAAACUCAAAGCCAGGGGGCUGGGAGCUCCCAGGAACCCCCAGAAGUACGCUUUCCCAGAGGCCAGGCUGGAGGGCGGGCUCCCCAGCUCCCUCCUGCCGGCCCUCACCGUGAGCAGGGUUGUCAUCCCUGCCUCUGUGCACAGAGUCCUCUGACUGUGACAAUAGAGUGCCCUGAGGAGCACUGCCAGACUCUGUGUCCUUUUUCUUCCUCUUGUCUCUUGGCCGCAUGCUCUGUCCUGUCCACAUCCCAUCCUUUUGGAAAGCAGAACUGGAGGCAGCUGAACCUCCUGGGCUGGGAUUGGAUCCGGGCUCUAGAACACCAUGUCAUGGGGGCCUGCUUCUGUAGCUCGGCUCUUUGCAAACUGCAGACUGGCAGUGCCAGCCCGGCCUCUGCCUGCCUCGCCGGUCCAUGUCCGGCAGAGGCCCUGGGGAAGGUGAGCCUUGUCCUCCCAGCUGACAGGGACCCUCUGUCCUGCCCCAGAGCCCUCAGCUAAGCACUCCAGGUGACUGAGGUCAAAGUGCUUUGGACCAGACAGUAUCUGUCUGCUGCCUCAUUCACUGUGCAACGAAGAUCGGAAACAGCCGUGUACUAGAAAACGCUAGCCUGUGUCCAACUGAACAUUCUGUUGUCCAAGGUGCCACUCCCCCGUGUCAUGUCCAGGGAUGGACACCAUGUGUUGUCACUUCUGUGUCCUGGGUGCGACAUCCUCCUGUCACUACUCCUCUGCCUGGAGAUAUGACAGAAUCCAGCCAGGGAGGCAGGUUCAGAAUGAUAAUCCAUUUGAGAAAGAAAGAGAAAAAAGGUCACUUCAUGACCGUCACCCCACCGGCUGCUGCUUCCCCACGGUGUAUCCAGCGUUUGGGAGCCCUGGCGUCUAGUCACUUAGGGGUCCAGGCUGUCGCUUCCUCCUUUCUCUCAUCCUUCUGCCCUCAUUUUAUUUUACCCAAAUGCUUUCUUGAAUACAAAUUAAACAUUGUAAAUGAGUUAUAUUUUUAAUGCCAAGUGGUUCUGUCUACAGAUCCCCAAAGGAAGUAUUUUGGGAUGUGUGUAACCCUGAAGCUCUCUUUUUUUUGUACCAGGAAUUGAACUCAGGGCCUCACGCUUGCCAGGCAGGUGCUGUACGGCUGAGCUGCGUCUCAGGCCCUGAAACUCCUGUGUAAUCACACAGUUCGAGUGGCCUAAGUAGACAUACUGGAACACUGGAAUUUCCAUUUCCUCCGCGAUGAUGUGGACUGUAUUUGUAAACAUGCUUUCGUAGCUGGUCUUUGUCAUGACUGUUA